UGGACCGGGAACCUUACAAUCUCCUCUGUCUCUCUCCUGCAAAAGGAGAAGAACACUGUCUCUCUCUCUUGCUCUCCGCUUCGAUUUUGCGCUUCGGCUGGUCCUAUUUCGGAGAACCCAUCUUGGGAUUCCUUCGUUUUCACUCUCUCUCUGAAUCAAGAUUCCAUCUUGCUGAAGUUUUUUGUGGUUUUUUUUCCCUUCUUUUUUUGGGUUGGGGGGGUGGGGGUGUUACAAGAAAUGAAGGGAGUGAAGGGGAAGCUGCUGAAGAAGCUCAAGACGAUCAAGCCCAUCGGGUAUCUGAAGCAGGACACGAUCCUCCACCUGAACGCCUCGGAUGGGUACGUCGAGGCCUUCUUGAAGAAUCCGAUCAUGAAGGCUCAGACCAUGCUGUUUCCCAAGGAUAAUUCCGAACGGAGCCUGAAGAAUCAGGGCGGUGUCGUGGAGGCGCAAGAGCCGGAGGUCAUCGACGUCACGGAGCUCAUGAAGGAUCUCGACGAUGCCGAGAUGGAGUGCGGGGAGGACGAGGAUUUGGAGAAUAAGGAGAACAUUGGUCCGAAUGUCAAUGGGGAGAGCGCGUUUCUUGGCAAAGAGAACUGUGAGAAUGUGCUCGUGAAGUCGGAGCUGGAAUCGUCUCCUGAUGAGGCGGCUUCAAGAUUGUCUGAAGCAGAGGAGCUACCCAGAAACAGUUUGAAGACCCCGUUAUCGGAAAUCAAUGUGUCGAAUUUUAGGCGGCCGGAUUUGAAUUCGUCAACUCUAUUCGAUCCUAACCUGCUCGCAGCAUUUGAGCAGGCCGUGAAGGAGCACAUUAAGAUCAGCCAAGAAGAGAUGAGACCAAGAAUUGAGGCAGAGCCAGGUGAUUUAGAGAAGAGCUGCGACGAGCCCCCUUCCAAAACUCGUCGAAUUGAGGAGGAGGAGGAAGACGAUGACGAUGCUGAUCCACUGUUGGCAUUUGAAGAGAAGUGCCCGCCUGGAGGCUGCGGCGCAGUAAUCUUCUACACGACCAGCCUCAGAGGCAUAAGAAAGACAUUCGAGGACUGCGGCAAGAUUCGUUUCCUCCUCAACAGCUUCCGCAUCCUAUACUGCGAGCGAGACGUGUCGAUGCACACCGAGUUUAAGGAAGAAUUGUGGGAUGUCUUGGGCGGGAAAGCGGUCCCGCCGAGGGUGUUCAUUAAGGGGAGGUACAUCGGUGGAGCUGAACAAGUGCUGGGGUUACAUGAGCAAGGCAAGCUCAAGAAGAUUCUUGAGGGAGUCCCGAUCGAUAGCUCUACCGGUCCGUGUGAAGGUUGCGGUGGUAUGAAAUUCGUGGUGUGUUUUAAAUGCAACGGCAGCCACAAGCUCGUCGGCGAAGACUCGCCGGUGGCGACUAUAUGCUCAGAUUGCAAUGAGAACGGCCUGAUUAUUUGCCCACUUUGCUGUUGAGAGAAUUCACCUCAUUUCUGAUCAUUUUUCCCCUGGUGUGGUCCCCAAUUUACUUGUUUCAUUGUAAAGCUCCUAUAAAAUAUACAUCGGUUGGGUGCUCUUUCCUCCCAUCAAGUUCUCUUACACUAAAACUUGUAUGGGCAUUGGGUUGGUCUAUGUUUGCUGAAUAUAUUCUGUAAAAUCUGAAGACAAAUAAAUCUUCCUGGCUUUCAAUACAAGCUCUCAAGCAUUCCAUUUGGCAAAA